GUCGCGGGGUCUUCUAAGUCCGAAAGUCUCCGGAGCUUGCGCCAGGCUCUUCGCGGCGCCCCCCACUUAGACGCGGGGCUUCUGAGCGGGUGGGGGAGAAGGAACUGUUGCCGGUGCGGAGACCAGGCGGCCAGCGUCCGCAGGGAUGAACCUUGAGUUGCUGGAGUCCUUUGGGCAGAAUUAUCCAGAGGAAGCUGAUGGAACUUUGGAUUGCAUCAGCAUGGCCCUGACUUGCACCUUUAACAGGUGGGGCACACUGCUUGCAGUUGGCUGUAACGAUGGCCGGAUUGUUAUUUGGGAUUUCUUGACAAGAGGCAUUGCUAAAAUAAUUAGUGCACACAUCCAUCCAGUCUGUUCUUUGUGUUGGAGUCGAGAUGGUCAUAAGCUCGUGAGUGCUUCUACAGAUAACAUAGUGUCACAGUGGGAUGUUCUUUCAGGAGAUUGCGACCAGAGGUUUCGAUUCCCUUCACCCAUCUUAAAAGUCCAAUAUCAUCCUCGAGAUCAGAACAAGGUUCUCGUGUGUCCCAUGAAAUCUGCUCCUGUCAUGUUGACCCUUUCAGAUUCCAAACACGUUGUUCUGCCGGUAGAUGAUGACUCCGAUCUGAACGUGGUGGCAUCGUUUGACAGGCGAGGGGAGUAUGUUUACACAGGGAAUGCAAAGGGCAAGAUUUUGGUCCUAAAAACAGACUCUCAGGAUCUUGUUGCUUCCUUCAGAGUAACAACGGGAACAAGCAAUACUACAGCCAUUAAAUCAAUUGAGUUUGCUCGGAAGGGGAGUUGCUUUCUGAUUAACACAGCAGAUCGAAUAAUCAGGGUUUAUGACGGCAGAGAAAUUUUAACGUGUGGAAGGGAUGGAGAGCCUGAGCCUAUGCAGAAACUGCAGGACUUGGUGAAUAGGACCCCAUGGAAAAAAUGUUGCUUCUCUGGGGAUGGGGAAUACAUAGUGGCAGGCUCCGCUCGGCAGCAUGCACUGUAUAUCUGGGAGAAAAGCAUUGGUAACUUGGUGAAGAUUUUGCAUGGGACCAGAGGGGAGCUCCUGCUGGACGUGGCUUGGCAUCCAGUUCGACCCAUCAUAGCUUCUAUUUCUAGUGGAGUGGUAUCCAUUUGGGCCCAAAAUCAAGUAGAAAAUUGGAGUGCUUUUGCACCAGAUUUCAAAGAGUUGGAUGAAAAUGUAGAAUAUGAGGAAAGAGAAUCCGAAUUUGAUAUUGAGGAUGAGGAUAAGAGUGAGCCAGAGCAAACAGGGGCUGAUGCUGCUGAAGAUGAGGAAGUGGAUGUCACCAGUGUAGAUCCCAUUGCUGCCUUCUGUAGCAGUGAUGAAGAGCUGGAAGAUUCAAAGGCUCUGUUGUAUUUACCCAUUGCCCCUGAGGUAGAAGACCCUGAAGAAAAUCCGUAUGGCCCCCCACCGGAUGCAGUCCCAACCUCCUUGAUGGAUGAAGGGGCUAGUUCAGAGAAGAAGAGGCAGUCUUCGGCAGAUGGGUCCCAGCCACCAAAGAAGAAACCUAAAACAACCAAUAUAGAACUCCAAGGAGUGCCGAAUGAUGAAGUCCAUCCACUACUGGGUGUGAAGGGGGAUGGCAAAUCCAAGAAGAAGCAAGCAGGCCGGCCUAAAGGAUCAAAAGUUAAUAUUUCACAGCAACCCAUUUAAAGAUGCCCCUCAGAAGUUGAACAGCUUCUAUGGAGUCAUCAGGGAAGUGGUUAUUUGCUCUUGCUAUUUAGGAUUUUGUUCACUUGCCAGCUCUUGGUGCAUAGAAACACAGAUAGUAGCUUUCACCAACAUCACACCUUAUCUGGGGUUCCCAGCUGAUAAGAAUGUCACUUAAGGAACAGUGGGGCUUGGACAGGGGAUGUCUUGUUCACUGUUAAUCUUUAGUGGCUGAUAAGUCAAACAUAGGAAAGAUUGAAAGGGUCGGUACUCUGGAGUGUAUUUUCUCUUUUGUGAUUGCCUGAGAGCCUGGUGUAUUUACACUCCCUUCUCACACCUUGGGACAGUACUAAAGCAGUAUUUAUUGUGUGGGGAUUUGGAGUUUGGGUGGGUGGUUGUUUCAGUGAAAAGUGAUCAGGAGCUGGGUUGUACAUUUUUCUUCAUCAGGGCUGUUCUUGGCCCAUGUGUGCCUGAAACACUAAAGGGAAUUUCUUGGUGUCUACUCUCUUUAGCAGGAGGAGCAAUCUCAGAACUGCUAUGAAGACGGUGAGACUCUUCGUUCUUCUCACUUUGUCGUCAGGUAGCCUUUGGACAGUGUGGCCAAUCAUUUGAGAUUGGCUUUACUUGAAAACAAAGGCCUCUACUUCCCACCCGGGAGGUGAAGGAGUGGAUUUUAUGUUUGAAUGAAGAAGUGAAUUAUGGAAGAAGAGCACACAUCCCUGCCUUCCCUUUCAAGCAUAAGUCCAGAUAGGCUCUCAGGAGUGAGGAUGUGUGAAGACGGCAGGACAUCUGACUCACUUCAACUCCACACUUUGUUGUGUUGCUGGUGAAAAAUGCCAUGUUUUGUUCACCUAACUGUUGAAGUCACAUCCUCUGGAUAUGUCCUUUCAUCUCCUGUUUGCCUUCCAUCCUCAUGCAUGUCCUUCAAUGACUUGUUCUUUUCUGAAAACUUGCUACCAGUUUCCUAGGAGAGCUGAUGCAUUUUCUGUUUCUUUCAUUCAUAACUUCCCCUCCCAGAAACUUCCUGUAUUUCUAUAUUGUGUGUAAAGGUUGGGCAGAGAAGCAAGUGCUUGAAAGAUUUCAAACUGGCAGAAAAGGAAGGAAGAUAGAAGGCCCCUGCCAUUCUGUCUUACUGGAACCUUUUGCUCAGGAGGCUGGGCUCUGAGAAUCAGGGGUUUCCCUUGCACUGCAUGUUUUCCAGUAUCAGAUCCGUUUGAAUAAUCAUGGUUUUUGGAUAUGAUUAGUUUUAUCCAUCUCUAGCUAAGAAUCAUCAGUAGUUUGUGCAUUACUUUACCUAUAUUGACUUUCAGAGUUAGAAACAAAGCAAGGUGUAUUUCUCCACAAGCUUCUUUAUUAUGGGGAUGGGACACUGUGCGAGGACUGACGUGAAACCCCCCAAAUCAAAGCAACAGCAGCUCACUUCAAAUCAAAGAUCAGGUUCAUUUGUUUGUUAAAUCAUUGCCUGUGGAGAACCUGUCCCCGCCAGCCAUAAUGUGUCCCUUCCUGGAGCCAGGCCCUUUUUUACUAUGUUUUCACUCACUUCCUUUCUGUGAAAGGUUGCUUAGCUUUUUUUUACCCUUCUCUUUCUCACUCUGGCUCUCUCUGCAUUUGCUGUUCUUUUAAUAAAAAUAGCAAAUUGGGUGGAUGUGUACAAUAAAUGUUUGAAAAUUUCUGAAAAUCCAAAGUCAGGAAGCCAAGUGUGGAAAGGGUUAGUUAUGUUUCAGGCGAUAGCUUUUGGCUUGCCCUGGGUCAUACUUUCUCAGCAUUGAAAGGAGGUUUAAAUACUAUGCUAAUUGUGAAAUCUCUAUCAGUUGGUGGAGGCUCCUUCAGAUAGCCAAACACAUUGAUUACUUUAUAUUAUGGGGUAGAAGUGACAAGGGGACACGUCAGGAAGUCUCCAGUGUCAUUGCCGGUGCUGCUUCCUCAAGUGUGAGUAAGACCAAUGGUUGUGAUUGGUAAGUGGCUCAUAGGACAUGUUUUUAUUUGUAGACAUUAUAUCCAGGUCAUGUCUCUGUACAAUGCACCGCAGUGGUGUGCAAACUGAUACAGGGGUUUCUGCCUUCCCUAUGUGAAGCGGCUUGAUUUCUUCCAUCUGGAUGCUAAUGCUGUGUCCAUUUCCAUUAACUGGCUACUGAGUAAAUCAGCUCAAACCCUGCCAGGUUGUCUCUGGCAGCAGCUCCUAAUAAUUAUUUAUGCUUUUGGAAUCUUUUUGUCAGCUUCUAAAACCUUCCGUCCACUUCCAGCUAGGAUUUCUUGAUUUGUAACAUAUGUAUAUUCUCUUCUUUUCUGUCAUCUUCCCUGCCUCUCCAUUUUGUUUCUUAAAAUGUUCUGUAGUUUUGUACAAGAUGAGACUUAGCCUUGGGUACUUCUUGCUAAAGCUUUAAUGCUUUGUAAAUAAAAUUGGAUGUUUAUUAAA